CUACUCGAAAUUUAGUUGAUCAUUCCAGCAUGCAGCAAAGGUUAGGCCUUGCAACAGUCAAUGCUAAAAUUAUUGGUUUUCAACGCAUAUUCGCUUUGAAUUUCUUUUUCUCAUUGGACAUAAUAUAUUCUAGCGAAAGAUGUCAUUAAACGGAUCUAUGAAGCGGGCGGCAGACGUCCUGAAGUUUUGUGCAAAAUCGAAGGGAUUUGACAAUAUUUUUUCUUCGUUAAAACUUGUUGCUGCAACUCCAAACAAAGUAACGGCAGAAUAUGUAGUGAAAAUUGAGCACUGCAAUCACUUUGGGACUCUACACGGAGGAUUCACAGCCACAGCUGUUGAUUUCAUGACAUCUCUAGCCCUCAUAGUAGAUGAAGAAGAUUCCCGCCCUGGUGUCAGCCUUAAUCUCAGUGUAAAUUACAUGAAAGCUCUGAAGGUUGGGGACAAAGUCACUUUAGAAGGAGAAGUUAUGAGGAAAGGAAGAUCAGUAGCAUACACUACAGCCCGCAUCUUUAAUGAAAAAGGAGACCUUGCUGCACAUGGAACUCACAUUAAACAUCUAGGACAUUCGUGAAUUUUAAAUAU